AGGGAAAUCUCAACUGGCGGAGUACCGGAAGCUCAGUGGUCUCGUUUUGAUAUCAAAAUUUGCUAUACCGAUUUUCAGAUGAAGUGUGAGUAGAAAUAAAAGCAUUGUUCAACAGAAAAAAGAUUCCCUUGAAUCACUCCAGAUGAGCAGUAAAGCCAAUCUUCGGUAUUUGCUAUUUGAUCGCUGCAAAAUUCUAAAUUUCGAGCGGUUCCAUUCGUUCGCUCGACGCUAUUUUUAAUCCUUAGAGAAUAUUCACUAAAAUUUGCUUUUUAUAACCUUUUCCAGGAUGGCCAAGAGACCAGCUGGUGGGUCUUCGAUGGCUGUGCCAUCACCACCAUCUAAGCGUCCUCUACAUGUUCAAAUAGACCCUAUGAAAUUAUCCGUAGCAUCCAUUGAAGAACUAGACAUCAAUGUUCUACAGUUUCAAAAUAGGAAACUAGCUGAUAAGCUUCAAUUUCAUAGAAAGCAACAGGAUGAAUCCUGUAAACGGAUUGAUCAGCUUGAACAACGGCAAUCGCGAGACGAUGCUGUUCUAUGUAUCAUUAAUCGUUACUGGAAUAUGCUUGAUGAUAACGUUGGUAUUCUCUUAAAAAGAUUCGAUGCUCAGACGGCCGAUGAAGCAGAACAAGAAAAGCAAAUGAAGUCAGUUACCUCUUUUAUCGCUCAAUUAGGUGAAUGGGAUCAACAAGAAAUGGAAGAUAAACUCUAUCAGCGAGUCGAAUUGUCAAAAAGAUAUAUAGGAAAACUACUGCAAGCAUAUGAUCGGUUGGUACAGCAUCACACUAAAGUUUGGGAUGUGCUUAAGGAUGAAAAGUGUCCGGAGUCUUUAGUAAAGAAAUAUAUAGAAAGUGAAAAAGAAAAAGAGGACGACGAAAAGAAAGAGAACGAAAAAGAGGAAGAAAGUGAAAAAGAAAAGGAAAAGGACGAAGAGGAUGACAAAACCAAAGAAAAGAAAACGGAUGAUGAAGAUAAGGUAAAAGUCAUAAAAGAGUACAUUGCAGAAGAAAUGAUCAGAUUACGGAAAGAGAAUGUGAGAUUACAUGAGUUAACAACAGAGUUACACCAACGUCAUCAUGAAACUGAGUCUCGUCAGAGUGCCCUUAUUGAUAAAAUGUCGGCUGCAGAAGCGGAAGCAGCCGAAUUGAAGCAAAAAAAUGAUGAGUUGGAAUACGAUUUAAAUGCAGCUAGCGAGCAAAUAUUUAAAUUGGAACGCUGCUUAGAAGACAGUGCUAGGAAAAUACAAGCUCUCCAGGAAGGGUUUACAAAAGUAGAGCCUACAGUUGUUGUAGACAAUGUAAACCAAAAUGUUGCUAAACAAAAAGAAGAAGAUCAGAAAGAACUAGAGGAAGCUAGAGAAUUAUCAAACACUCGUCUGCUUGAACUAGAAUCUUUACAGUUGAGUUAUGAAAACGUUGUGAAGGAAAGGGAAAACUUGAAAGCUCAAUUAGCAGAUAUUCCCGAAGAAAUAAUAAAAGAAACCACAGAAUAUAAAACUCUCCACUCUCAAUAUUCCGUUCUUUACAAUGAAUCAUUACAAAUAAUGACGAAAUUAGAGGACUCCGUGAGGAGAACUCACAUGCAAUACAAUCAACAUCAACGUCAAAUCGAACAAAUGGAAAGUGAAGAACUGCAAUACCAAAAGAAAAUGAGAACUGAAAUGAUGAAUUUAGAGGAGCAAGUUUGCAUUGUUAGAAAAGAUAACGAACUCUUAAAACAACAAAACGAACAGAUAUCCGCAAGCACAGAGCAAUUGGGGCCCAUCAAUCGUGAAAUGAGACAAUUAAUAUCUCAGUUAAGGACUCAUAGUGAUCAACAAAAAACUGAGAUUGCGCGUUAUAAGAAAAAAGUUCGUGAGUUACAAUAUCGAAUUGAAGAGAUACAACAAAAUGCCCAAGAAGCCUCAAAUAUUAUCAGCGAAGAAAUUAUGCCAAUGAAAACCGAACCCGAGAUAAUAGAACAACAGAGCUCACCGCCAGAGCCAGGCGAAACAAGAGACGACGGAGAAGUUGAAGAACCAGAUGACGAUGAAAAGGAUUCCAAGUCUUCUAUAACCCCCGAAAGAGUAUCUUUGUCGAAUGAUAGUGAAUCUGAUUUAAAAUCUCAAUUGAAAGCUGCUCUCGAUUCAAAUAAAGAGUUGAAGUUAUUGCUAGAUACAUUCAAGGCUGCUUCUAAGGAAAAUAGAGAUAAAGCAACACUAAUGGCUGGAGAAAAGAGAGCAAAACAAGAAGUUGAAGAGCUGAAAAUGAUUAUUAAAAAAUUAGAGAAAGAAAAUCAUUCGAGUAGAUCGAACCAUUCAGACUCAAAUAUUGAUCAUGAACAAUUAGCAAACAAAAAUAGAAAGAUUGCACACAUGGAAAAGCAAAUAGCCAAUUUAAAAAGUGAUUUGCAAGCUAAAGAAGAGCAAGAAAAUGCUCUAUUGAGUGAAAUGGAUGUUACUGGGGAAGCUCUAGAUGAGACCCGAGACCAAAAUUAUCGUCUUUUAACAGAAUUGAAAGAAAAAGAUGAUGCCAAUAUAAAUUUAAUGUCUGAAAGGCUAAAAGCUCAACAAACCGUUCGAUUGUUGAAAGAGGAGAAAAAACAAUUAGCUGAAGAGAUACAAAUUCUUGCUCAGCAAUUAGAUGCUCAAAAUGAAGUUGUUAGAAGUUUGGAAGAGAAAGAAAGAGGACUCAUAGCAACUUUAACAUGCUACGAGAAAGAAAGUAAUACGAAACAAAUGGCACUUGAAAAUCAAAAACGCAAGGCAGUUGAAUGUUCUCAAGCAGCUGCCGAUUUAAAACUACAAGUAGAAAAAUAUCAGACUCAACUAAAAGAAGCUCAAGUUGCUGUUGCGGAGAAAACAACUGUCCUCGAACGGGAAAUGUUUAAGCAUAAACGACUAAAAGAAGAAGUUGCUAGUUCAAGAAAGAAAUUAGAAAGAGCCAAAAAGAUAGAGCAAGCUAGUUCAGCCGACGAAGUACUUAUGGAAGAAAUAAAGGAAUAUAAAGAGCAAUUAACUUGUCCUUCUUGUAAAGUGAAAAAGAAAGAUGCUGUCCUAACAAAGUGUUUUCACGUUUUCUGUUUGGAUUGCUUAAAAGUUCGAUAUGAAACAAGGCAACGUAAAUGUCCAAAAUGUAACGCAGGCUUUGGAGCCCAUGAUUAUCAUCGUCUAUAUUUGACUUGA